AUGGCCGGUUUCGUGUACCGCUCACCUGGUGGCGUCGUGGCGUUCGUAAACCUCCCAGGGCGAACAGGCGCCGUCGUUCGACCUGUGCCGCGUUGGGGGCUCGCUUCUCGUAGCGCACCCUUUCCACGUGUGCGACUACGAUACGCAUGCCACGACACGAGACGCCGAAGACAAGUUCUAGCAGCGACGGAACUGCUGCCCCGCGACAAGGUUCUCAAGACGUUGCAAACCGUUCAAGUUGCCGAGGAGGUCGCGGUGCGGCUCGUAGACUUGGCGAUAAAGGCCACGAAGAACUAUCAGGUUGUCGCCACUGACUUCUUUUUGCGUCCAAACGAGCUCCAUGGUAUGAAACAAGCGUUGGAAAGUCUCGCAUUUGUAGGUGUGACCUCGUCUGGCGGCUAUGCAGCAGCAGAGCGGCAAAUUGCAGCUUUUUAUCCCAAGGAUUUCGCGCCAACACCUGAACAAGAACAGCAAGUAGCAACUACGCACUGCGAAAGUCAGCUACUGGCUCUUGAACUCGCCGGAAACUUCAUUUUCGAUCGAGCGAGCCACAGCGACUUUCUCGGUGCCCUGAUAGGAUGCUCUGGACUUCGCCGAGAGCGCUUCGGUGACAUCAUCAUUCUUGGCGAUCGAGGUGCCCAGGUGGUAGUCCUCAAGAAUGAUGCCGAAACCAUCCGGAGCUCCGUCAAGAUGGUGCGGUCUGUAACGGUUCGUACUCGGCAACUGGGAAGCCUUGCGGAGCUAGAGGUGCAACCACCGCGAACCAAGACGCUUACGAGUGUGGAGGCCUCGCUGCGUCUGGAUGCAGUUGGAAGUGCGGGCUUUGGAAUGAGCCGCACGAAGAUGGUAGAAAUGAUCAAAAACGGGGAUGUGCACGUGAACUGGGUCCCUGUCAAGUCUGCGUCCCGGAAUGUCGCUGAAGGUGACACGAUCACCGCACGAGGGCGUGGUCGCCUACAAGUCAUCUCCAUUGCCAUUACCUCACGAGGUCGCUUCCGUGUGGAAUUAAAACGCUACAUAUGA